CUAUCAGGAAGAGAACUGUGUUGACCGUCCUCUGCCGAAGCUGUUAUAAUCCUCAUAUUUGGACCUGCUGAACAGCAUGGAGCGACAGUAACGCCGCUUUUGUUCGUAGCCCACAGACUGUGCUAACACCGCGGGUGUAACUAUGUCAGUAAACCGGUGUAUGUCCUUGUUUUCUCGGCUUCAGCGUCACAUUAACAGCCGGACUGCCCGCAUCACCGCGGGCGCCUGUCAUGUGUCUCCUAGGUCCGGUUUGUUACAAAAACAGCAUCAGGCUGGUUCUGUGGUUUCCAGCAGAAAUGUUUCAUCUAACAGUUCUCCUCCAAAAGCCCCGGACACUUCUCUGUUUGUCCCCGUUUCUCUGAAGACAGACUCUUCGCCAGAUGGGAGUGUAGGAGUGGAGCUCACCCAGCUUCUGGCUAAAGAUGAACUUCUGAAGGUUUUGAAUCGGUUUUAUAAGAGGAAGGAGAUACAGAAGCUGGCAGCAGAUCAUGGCCUGGAUGCUCGUCUGUUCCACCAAGCCUUCAUCAGCUUCAGGAAGUAUGCACUGGAAGCGCCAGCUCUCCCCGCUGAUAUGCACAUUAUCCUCAGUGACAUCUGUUGCGGAGCAGGUCACAUAGAUGACAUCUACCCGUACUUCAUGCGGCAUGCCAAGAAAAUCUUUCCCAUGCUGGACUGUAUGGAUGACCUGAGAAAGAUCUCAGACCUCAGAGUCCCCGCCAACUGGUACCCUGAGGCUCGUGCCAUUCAGAGGAAAGUGAUUUUCCAUGCUGGUCCCACUAACAGUGGUAAAACAUACCAUGCCAUCCAGCGCUACCUGGGUGCUAGGUCUGGAGUCUACUGUGGCCCUCUGAAACUACUCGCCCAUGAGAUCUUUGAGAAGAGCAAUGAUGCCGGUGUGCCAUGUGACUUGGUUACAGGAGAGGAGAGGACCUUCGUGGACUUGGACGGUCGAGCAGCUUCUCAUUUGGCCUGUACCAUUGAGAUGUGCAGCGUCACUACACCUUAUGAGGUGGCUGUAAUUGAUGAAAUUCAGAUGAUUAGAGAUCUUUCCAGAGGCUGGGCCUGGACCAGAGCACUGCUGGGUCUCUGUGCAGAGGAGAUCCACGUGUGUGGAGAACCUGCAGCCAUAGACUUUAUCAGAGAGCUGAUGUACACCACUGGAGAGGAGGUGGAGGUGCACACCUACCAGCGUUUAACUCCAUUCUCAGUCCUGGAUCAGGCUGUGGAGUCAUUAGACAACCUGAGACCAGGAGACUGUAUUGUCUGCUUCAGUAAAAACGACAUCUACUCCAUAAGCAGACAGAUUGAGGCCAGAGGACUAGAAUGUGCUGUAAUUUAUGGGAGUUUACCACCAGGCACCAAGCUGUCACAGGCCAAGAAGUUCAAUGACCCUGAUGACCCCUGCAAGAUCCUGGUCGCUACAGAUGCCAUUGGAAUGGGCCUUAACCUGAGUAUAAAACGUAUCAUCUUCAACAGUCUGGUAAAGCCUAAUGUUAAUGAGAAGGGGGAGAAACAGAUGGAGACUAUCAGCACAUCACAGGCUCUGCAGAUAGCUGGCCGUGCAGGGAGGUUCUCCUCCAAGUUUAAAGAGGGAGAAGUUACCACCAUGCACAGAGAUGAUUUGCCUGUCCUGAAGGAAAUACUCAGCCACUCAGUGGACCCCAUAGAGACUGCAGGUCUCCAUCCCACAGCAGAGCAGAUAGAGAUGUUUGCCUAUCAUCUACCUGAUGCUACACUGUCCAACCUUGUUGACAUAUUUGUCAGCCUCUCUCAGGUGGAUGGUCUGUAUUUUGUCUGCAACAUUGACGACUUCAAGUUUCUGGCCGAUAUGAUUCAGCACAUCCCACUCAACCUGAGGUCACGCUAUGUGUUCUGUACUGCUCCCAUCAACAAGAAACAGCCGUUCGUUUGCACCUCCUUCCUGAAGUUUGCCCGUCAGUUCAGUCGAGACGAACCCCUGACCUUUGACUGGGUCUGUCGUCAUGUCAACUGGCCUCUUGCCCCACCCAAAAACAUUAAAGACCUGGUUCACUUGGAAGCUGUUCACGAUGUGUUGGAUCUUUACCUCUGGUUAAGCUACCGUUUCAUGGACAUGUUUCCAGACACUUCCUUGGUUCGAGAAAUCCAGCGGGAGCUUGAUAAUGUCAUCCAACAAGGUGUCCAAAAUAUCACCCGCCUCAUCAGAGCCACUCACCCAACCAUUACUACUCCACUACAGACACAGAGCAACAGUGAUGAACAAACAAGUGGACGUGCCGAUAGUAUUUAUUUGACCGGCAGCAGAGGUCAGAGGGGACAUAGAGGGUCAGGAGAGAUGAUGGACAGCUCUCUGGCCAAUCGACUGGUAAGAGACGGGCUAUUGACUCCCGAUUUGCUCCAACAGCUGCAGAAGGAGUGGUCCAAGGGUCAAAAGCAGGAUUUAACCAAUCAGCGCUCGCUCGAUGCAGGACAUCAAAAUAAGAACAACAAAGGGAAAAGAAAAAAGAAGAAAUGAAGAGUUAGAGAAUUACAUUGUAAUUUUUGCGCAAGGUCAGUACUGUUCCCAUGGAGAUCAAUUACUGAUACAAGUCUUGGAUAGUUUCUGGCUGUUUGUUGGGAAUAAAUCAUGAUUUAAGGCAGGUAAAAGGUUUAUGAACAUUUUCUAGCCCUGCAGUGAUCAUAAAAAAAAGCUUUUAGCUUGAGCUAUUAAAGUAAAACACACACAAAAAAACACCAAAAUGUAGUUUGAACACAAGAGCAGAGUUUUAUGAUCUGAUCUGAGAGUUGCACCAGAGUACUACCAUUAAGGUUGUCAUGAAACCCACUUAAUUUUACUCUGCUAUAAGCUCACUUUGUAUGUUUUCUUCCAACCUACAAAUGUACAAACUGUAACUAGUGAAGGAAAAAAAUAUCUCUAGUUCAGGAUCCUGUGAACAGGUGGCUACUGUCUUGGUCCUUCUGAUAGAUCAGGUACCUGCUGAGAGAUUCUCCCUUUUCAGUGGGAGCAUAAAAUAACUCACAGAAUCGCCAUGGAAACAAAUUGAAGUGUCAAAUUGGCCCACCAGCUAACUUUACUGACCCCACUAGGAUUUCACUAACAAGAAAUGGAUCCAUUUCCGUGGGUCAUUGUGAGAGGUGCCUUGUCCUGUUGGAGUUACCAUUGUCCUACAGUUCACACUGAGCUGACAAGAAAUGUUUCAACAAAAGUCACACUGUCAAAAAUGCUAUUUUAAAAGCAUUUUGUGUGACCAGGAAAUAGUUUAAAAUGCACUGUGUGUGCGUUAUGAAGGUCUGGAAUUGGUGUACUCUUGCUUUGCUCAGUCCAGGACUCAAAUGUAGAAAUUCAGAACAGCAUGAGAGUAUAUAUCCAACUUAUUCGGGUAUACCUCUAGUAUUCAGUUUAAACUACUCUCUGAUGAGCUGCAUUUUCUGUGAGCAUACUGUUAACAUUUUAUAUAGAUUGAUAUGAGGAUAUGAGCGCUACCCUGUUAGUGUCUAUAAACAGAUGAGAUGCCGUAUUUUUUUUUCUUGUUUGUAUAUUUAAGGUGAUGACAUUAGUCAUUAAAAAUCUGUUG